CGUCUCUCUGCAUCACACUGAUACCACAGACUCACAGAGGGAGGGAGGAGAAAGGCAGAAAAGAGGAGGUGAACCACAGAAGGAGCAGAGGAGACGCUGAAACCCUGCAGUCUGGAUCACUCGAGCUCCUUUAAAGAAAACAAGACAAACGAGACUGGAGGAGAGCAGGAGCACGGAGGAGAAGACAAGUUUGGAGCUGCACCAAAGUUCGGCGUGAACAGUACGCAGAGGAGAUAGAGUCGCAAAAGCCACCGACAAGGACAGGGGAGUACAAGAAAGAAAACAACCAGAGGCUAGACUCUGAGGUGAAGGGGAGGAGGUGGAGGAGAAAUAUAAGGAGGCAAGACAGGAGAGAAGCAAACAUCGACAAAGGUGGAGCAGAGAAAGACGAGGUGAGCAGAGGUGGAGCAGCGGUGUCGUUAUGGAGGAGGACAUCAGGAAGCAGGGGGUGCUCUACCUCCAGCAGCAGAGGUUUGGAAAGAAGUGGAAGCGCGUGUGGUGCGUCCUGUACAGAGAGAGUUCCUGUUCAAUUUCCAGACUGGAGUUCUAUGAGUGCAAAGAUGGAGGAAACGUGGAGAAGAACGACAAAACUCUGCGCAAACAGCAGGAGCACAAGAAGGUGAUCCGUCUGGCAGACUGUAUCCGGGUGACGGAGGUGGAGAUGGAGGGGUGUCCCAAAGACACCGGGUCCUUCCUGAUGGAGACCACAGAGAAGAUCUAUGUGUUCGCUGCUGACAGGCACCAGCUGGACGACUGGACACAGAAACUGUGUGAGAUUGCCUUCCCUAUGAACUGGGUAGAUCCGGCUGUGAAGAGAGGCAGCCUGCAGAGAGGAAACAGAGUGGAUGAAGAUGAAGGAAUGGAGGACAACUCCCUGUACAGCGGCCGAGAGACAGUGCGUGAUUUCAGAGUGUCCAUUCGGAGGACAGAGGCAUCCGAUCGCUGCAGGCUGAAAGGGGACGGCGUCCUGCGGGCUGACAUGGACGCUCUCCACCUGCUGGACAAGACAGGAGACAUUCUGUACACCUGGCCAUACAGAUACCUGCGGCGCUUUGGACGUGACAAGUCCACUUUCUCCUUCGAGGCGGGGCGGCGGUGUGACUCUGGGGAAGGAAGCUUUGAAUUCGACACCAAACAGGGGAACGUCCUGUUCCAGGCGGUGGAAGCUGCCAUCAAUCUGCAGAAGAUCUCCCCGCCCCCCAGACAGACCUCUGGGGGAGGCCAGGCGAGUCCGGACACCCCCCAGACCUUCAACCUGCCCCUCCCACCACUCAACCUGCUGCCUACCCAGAGCAGGACGCUGCCACAUCCUCAGCCCCGCAGCCUGAUGCCACAACCCCCUGCAGCUCAGGCCGUAGACGAUGUGUACAGCAUGGUGGCUGAACCUCCAAACCUUCAGAUGAUUCAUCACAAAGACAAAGAGAGCGGCAACGCCUCACAGCAACAGCAGCAACGCCCCCAGAUGUGUCGUCUUGAGCCUCCAGUUGACAAAACUCUGACUGGAGUGAAAAGUUUGAAUCUGGACUCUCGUCUCCCGGCACCUCGAAAGAAUCAGGUCAAGAUGAUCUCCAGCUGCCCCCUGCCCAACGCCAGCCCCGACUCCAGCCCUAAUCUGGGCACCGGUCCCAGCUUAGCCCCCGGCGCCCGCCUCAGCCCCAAACCAAGCGCCAAGCCGGAUCAGACGUACUCGCAGAUCACCAUGUCGACCGAGCGAGGCACUAAGAGGGAGAAAAGGAGCGGCAACGUGGCUGCGCCCAGUGCCGCUCCUGUGAUCAACAAUGACCCGGACUACUCACUGCCCUUCGACACCAUCGCCAAGAACGUCAUGACCGACAUCCUGAACUGCCAUCAUACUGACAGUAGCCAGUCGGGUGCCGACCCGCUGUACGACAGCAUCGACGAGAUGAAGAUCAGAAAUGUCUUCACAAGCGAAGGCAAGGCUACGAAGACACUGGAGCACAUCUAUGAUGAGCCUGAAGGCUGUGCUGCCCCCAAAGGACAGAACUCCACCCCUUUCACCUCAGUGUACGAUGACCCCGAGGAGAUGAGAGGAGAUGCCUGGAGAAUUAUGGGUACAGCCGCUGACCCCAAAGGUCACGAGUACCCGUAUAACCCCCGUGUUGAUGACUACGCUGUGCCCAAACAAGCCCAGAGGGCGUUUCUUGCCACACAAAACACCAAUGAAGAAGAAGAAGAAGACAAGGAGGAGGAGGAGGAGGAGGUGGAGGAGAGUGAAGAGGAGCCAGAAUUCGGGGAGGAGCUUAGAGGGCAGCAUCAGGAUUCACCGUACAACAAUGUGAUGGUAAAAAUGGCAUAGACGAGAUAGAAAUGUCUGAAAAUCUGUAAAAGGUCAAUAAAGUUAAUUUUAAAGAAUUAUUUAUAAGUAAUAACUUUUAAUAUGAGCUGUUGCUCAUGGUGUGAUUGAUCUUUUUAUGUUUCCUGAGGGCACUUUGUGAAGAUUAAUUAUGAGCUGUGGAACCGAUACAGUUCCAACCGGUGUGAACCUUCUUCAGUGUGAACGCAUCUCUCUGAGCUCUGUGCUAGUUUUCACCUGUUGGUUCGUGUGACUCACUUUUCUUCAGUCUUCUCUGCUUUUACCUGAAUGCUGGAUGCUGUUGUGAUGGUGUUAGUGGAAGCAAGUCUGGGGCCUUUUUUCACAAUUUAAUAUAUUGGAAUAUUUGCAGCUGUAUUAUUGUGAGGUCAAUAAAAUAAA